AUGCCGCCGCCCGCGCCCCCGCUGCCCACCAAGUUUCCCUGCUGGUGCAAGGCCGUAUACUCAUGGGGAGGAGAGACCAAACGCGACCUCGGUUUCGUAGAAGGCGACCUGAUCGAGUGCUUGAACGCCGGUGAUGGCCAGUGGUGGAUGGGUCGGUUGAGGCGCGACAGGCGUGCCGUCGGGCUCUUCCCCUCCAACUUCGUCGAGCUGCUGGACGAGAGCCUGUGGCCCGGCGCCCCCCGUGGUCCUGGAGUAACGGGCGUGUCGCGCUCGGGAACAAAUGCUGCCGCCCAGAAGCCGGUUCCGCCAAAGAAGGGAACCUUCCGAAAGCCUUUCCAGGCCUACUACAACGCCGGACAGCCGAACCCGGUUGCCCACGCCCGCGAAAAGCAGGAGAAGAAUGCAGCGUCCGGUCACUCCGAUAGCCAGAGGCGACACAAGCCGUACUCGUCCAUGAAGCACGCCAAACCGCCCGGCCCGAGCCCGAACCCAUCGCCCAGGAAUUCCGUCGACAGCGUUGCGCGGGUUCCGCCUCUACCAGAGCGUCAGGCGUCCAACUUGAGGAAUCGUGCGCCUUCUCCGUUGCCCCCAAGACAGGAAUAUGGCCACUAUCGCGCAGUGUCGCCCGCUCCUCCACAACCUGCGGAUUAUCGGUCAGCACGCGCCGUCUCUCCCGCACCGCCUCAGCAGUAUCGCGGCCCCUCUCCCAGCCCUCUGCAGGCGUAUCGUGCCCCAUCUCCCGCUCCUCCGCAGGCAUAUCGUGCCCCAUCUCCCGCUCCUCCGCAGCAGUAUCGGGCUGCCUCACCUGCUCAGCAGUACCAGCCGUAUUCUCGAGGGCCUUCUCCUUCACCUUAUCAACAGCAAUUCUACCCGCCCUCACCUGGGUUGCCUCCAACUACAUCACGACAGCAGUACCAGGCUUAUUCGCCUGCGGCAUCUCCAGUGGACCCGCAGUACUAUGCAUAUCAAUCACAGUCUCGUGGACCUUCCCCAGCUCCCUUUGAGGACGAGAUCGGUGAGGCGUCUCCGCCUCCACCUCCGCCGCCUCCACACCGCGUAUUGCACGCUCAGGCGAACAGGGGUCCUUCACCAGCUCCUUAUCAAAUUAGCAGAAGUCCGUCGCCGGCUCCAUAUAAUGAGGAUGGAUAUAGGAGCGGUUACCACACCCCUGCCUCGCAUUCACCUGUGCCCCGAAAGGUCAGUAAUAUGACGCCAUCGCCUGUGACGAAUGCCAUGAACGAUGUUAUGACUUCCCUUAAGGAUAUGACUGUUGCGAAACGGAGCCCGUCCCCUGCCCGGGCUCGCACACCCGCCGAUCCUUGGGCCCCAGAGGCGUUUGGUGAAGCCUUCUCAUCCUUACCUAAUCCGAGGAGGCUUCGGCCGAAUACAUCGCUUGGUCUUGGUAUGCAGGAAGAUGACUUGCCUCCUGCAAAACUGGAAACACAAGGCCGAUCUAAUACGGCUGGUCCUCAACUGGAAGGGCCGCCUCAAGUGGGCAACUACGUCGCGCGAAUGGAGGAACGGCUGCGACUGCUGAGCAGUCGUAGCCCGGGGCCACAAGACGAGCUGUUUAUGCCGACUGAUCAAGAGGGCCCGCCACCGGCACCACCGCCAAAGAACUCCAGGCAGCAGAGGCCGCAAACUGCCUACGGUGACUCCUCUCAACACGACUCGAUGUACGACACAAGGUCUCGAAGCUCCAUAGGGGGCCAUCCGCAGGACGGUGUCUUUCGAAAGCCGACGCUCAAGCAUCGCAAAUCCGCAUACGACGUCGCAAAACAAGGACUAGGGCGAACUUUCACAACCAAAACUAAUGCUACCAACUCUACCGAGGCGACGAACAGCACGGGCCAUACGCUAUGGAGUGGUACGUCUGCCGGCGGCAAUUCUGCAACCAGCUCUGGGAGUUUCGCGAGGAGGAAAUGGGGUACCAUCAGAGAACAUCGUGAGCGAUCUAAGAGCGUAGUCGAGAUCUCCCGACCCCGCGCCGGUAGCACGGUGGGAUCUAUGGACAGCAGACCGGAUAGCCCCUUCAGCGGUGGAAUUUCUUAUCAUUCGAGCCACGCGACCAGCCAGCAACAGGACUCAUCGAACACCACCGACUGGUCCGGCAAUAUGGCGGAUUCCGGUGGUCUUCUGGGCGGUCUGACAUCACCAAGACCGAAGCGCACUGGGUUCUUCAAGAAGAUGAUUUCAUCGGCAAGGGCCAACGCUGCGAACGCGAGAAACACCAUCUCUUCAGGUCCGAGCAGGCCUAAUUCCCGGGGAGCAGGCCUACUACCGAACGGUGUCACCUCCAUCGCUGGCGGGGGAUCAGCGGUUUUCCACCCCAGUGGUAAUGUGGCGAAAGACAUGGGCAUGGGUAGUUCCGUGGAUUGGGUGCAGGUUCGGCGGGACAUCAAUCGCUCUAAUUCUCUUAGUAAGAAUGAGCGCAUCGAACGUGCCGAACGCUGUCAGAUGAACGAUAUCGCGGUUAUCAAUCCCAUCGAAGUUCUGAUGGAAACCAUCGAGGGCGAUGAAGGUCUUGACGGACUGCCAGUCCCUGAGCCACUGGACUUCAGUCAAUGCAACCUUGGGCUUGUGGACAAGAACACCCGCUUCAUCCAGGGCCUACCUCCGAUGACGACUCCUGUCAGCCUCGCUCAAGGCUAUGUAUGUCGGCCUUACCGUAGUGACGUUCAGAGGCUGCGAGCAAUCUUCACGUGGGUCGCUGAGCGAAUUUCCUGGGAAGAAGAUUAUGAAGGCGACGUCGACACCAGGCGGGUCAUCCAAUCGAAACGCGGCUGCAGCGAAGAGAUUGCGGUCCUGGUCAUGGAUAUGUGCGCCGCGGUCGGUCUUCAUUCUGAGGUGAUCCGCGGAUAUCUCAAGGCCCCGGGUGAGGAGCUGGACUUCGAAAUGGUGGCUCAUCCGAACCAUUGGUGGAACGCAGUCAUCGUUGACGGCGAAUGGCGCAUAAUGGACUGCUCCCUGGCGAACCCCACCAACCCCAGGCGCUCGGCAUACUCCAGCGCGGGAAGUCAAGUGGCAGAGGGUGGCUUCUUCCUCGCGCGUCCGUCAGAAAUAUGCUACACACACGUCCCGCUUCUUCCGGAAGCACAGCAUAUUAUUCCGCCAAUCUCUCACGAGGUCCUGAUGGCGCUUCCUUGCGCCUGCCCGCCUUACUUCGUGAACGACAUAGAGAUUGCCGACUUCGACACCAGUCUCCUGAGCUUGGAGAACUUGGAAAUGGCGCACAUUCACUUCUUCGUGCCAGAGGACGUGGAGGCGGUGGCAGAAGUCGAGGCAAGGAUUUUCGCACGGGAUGGAGAUGGGGACUUCUUCGAGAGUGGUGACGUCUGUCGAAAGAGGGCCUUGUGCCAGCCCGAAUGGAUUGGCGGCCGCAAGAGGUACACUGUGAAGGCAGUGUUGCCUGGUGAUGAAGGGCAUGCCACUUUGAAAGUGUAUGCUGGGAAGAAGGGAUUGAUGCAUUCGAUCAAAUCGAACCCUCAUCCUCUUGCCUUCGGGAUGCCACUCACCCACAUUGGCCAGAACCCGCCGUACGAUUUCGUCACGCUUCAUCCCACGCCCCACGCUCAACGCCACGAUCUCUACGUGGCACAACCACAGUGCGCCCGCCUUGCCGUCAACAACACUUUCGUGUUCGCCGUCCGCCAACACCCGUCUUCCCUGACCUGGACUCAUUCGCCACCGUCUAACCAUUCCCACUCUCAGUCCACCAGCUCCGCCAUGCUUGGUGGACGUGUUUCCCCCAACGGCUUUGGCCGUCCCACGUCUGCGCUUAGUAUGGUGUCUGCAUCCGCAUCGAAUGCUGGAUCUAUUUUCAGCGCCUCAUCAUCCGGCUCGGAUCCUCUCAGCGCCGCUAGGGCGCCUCCGGGCGCGAGUCAGAAACCAGCCAAGUUGGCAAUCCAAAGCCCGUCGGGUAAGAUUAUCAGGUUGAUGCGGAAGAGCGAGCACAUGAUUGCCAGCAGCCAUGGAGCAGGCGUGGGAGGCGCGAGUAAUGGAGAAAAGGAGGGAGGGGAUGGGAGUGUGUGGGAGACCAUCAUCAAGAUUGGUGAGAGGGGUACUUGGAGAGGUCUCGUGUUGGCAGACAGGUCUGCGAGGUGGUGCGUGUUUGCCGAAUGGGAAAGCUUCUGA